AUGAGCGACCAGCAGGUUUCUGGCCACUCCCACGGGACGCCAGACGAGCUCACUGAGCCUCCCAUGAAGCGUCCCUGUGCAAUUGAUACGCCACCGAUCUCUGCGACGCCUGCGGACAGCGGCAGCGAUUUCUACAAUACUCCCUGGCCGGCUGGGACACCCUCAAACAACGAGCCGUCUGAUAUGGUGGCGGAGACACAGACUGCCCGCCAAAGCGUUACCUCGCAGCCUGCUUCGGUGAUUCCCGGGUUGAACCUCGUCAACGAUGGCCUGAAGAAUCUGCAGUCCGAGGAGGGAAAGGAGGCUAUGGUGACCGAUACCAGUGAUCACACAGCCCAGACCGUAGAGUUGCAGGCGGAAUCUACUGAUGUACCGGUGGUUGGUCAACCGGAAGAUGCACAGCAGCAGAGCAAUGAACCGGAUUCUACGGGGCUAGACGCCAUGGAGGUUGAUAACUCCGUGGCUCCAGCUGCAGGAGAAGGGAAUUCGAUCGAAGCUGUCAAUGGCCAUGCCGAGGACGUUAAUGAGGGGGAAGAGGAAGAGGAUGAACACCCGGAGUGGGAAGUCGACUCAUCGCCCUACGAGUCCUCAUCGGACGAUUCUUCAACCGACUCAUCGGAUGACGAUAGUGACGACGAUGAUGAAGAUUAUCCAAUCCUAAGCCCCGAGGAACAAGCCCGGAUACUCAUGCAAGCGGAGAUGGGAUCGGAUGAUGAGGGAGACGGGAAGGGCAAGUCCGGCGCACACCUAAAGACUGCGAACGAAAUGCCGGAAGAAGUGCUGCCCAUUCCAGAUAUGGAGAUUACUGCCGAAAUGAAGGUGGUGCUGUUGGGCCAUGUUGAAGCGAUAGUCGAUAAUGCAGUACUCGUGAUGGGCAGUACUUCGGGAGAAUACCAGGUCCUAGAAACGGGAUCACUCCUCUGCUCCGAAGACCGGAAGGUGAUUGGUGUGGUAUCCGAGACUUUGGGUAGAGUUGAACAACCACUCUACGCCCUUCGUUAUGCGACUACGGCCGACAUUGAACAAUACGGCCUGACGAAAGAGAAGGCUGUGUACUAUGUUGAGCAGCACUCCACGUUUGUCUUCACUCAGCCGUUGAAGGGAAUAAAGGGCAGCGAUGCCUCUAACUUCCAUGAUGAGGAGAUCGCUGAGGACGAAAUCGAGUUUUCCGACGAUGAAGCUGAGGCAGAGUACAGGCGUAAGAAGCGCCAGGAGAAGAAGGACGCAAGGAACGAGUCUGGUGGUGCCUCAAAGACUAGGAAGGGACACCCCGGUCCUUCGAAGCUCGGUCAAACCGAGCUUAACUACGACGACGAGGGAGGCGAGGAUGGCUAUACUCCGCUUGCACGCCCCAAGAAUCUCCACGAAAUCAUGGGUCGUCAGGAAGCUCCUGUGGAAGGAAAUGACCACGGAGCUCGAGGAGGCAAUUCGCGAGGCGGUAGAGGUCGUGGCAAAGGCAGCGACCGUGGCCGGGGAAAUCGUGGCAGAGGAGGAAACGCACCUAACUCUCAGCACGAUCGUCAAUCUCAUCAUCAACGCACCACUUCCUCCUACCACCCCCAGCAACAAUAUCAGCAGCCCCAGCCCCAGCCACAGCCCCAGUACCAGCACCAGCACCAGCACCAACAUCAUUCGACUUAUCAUCAUCAGCCUCAACCGCCAGCUGCAGAGCCCCAGUCAACACCAUCCUCGAAUUACAGUCAACCUGCAUAUUACCAAGGACAACAGACCCCAUACGCCCUUCCUCAGCAGUUCCCUCAGUUUACGGGUUAUCCGCAACACCAGCAGCAACCGCCCCAACCAUAUGCCCAGGCUCAAGUUCCGGCCCAGUUCAACUUCCAGAUGCCUUACCAACAGCAACAUUUCCAGCAAAUGCAGAACCCAUACCAAAAUUUAGCAUCGGCUGCGCAGAUCAAUCCGGCCUUCUUGGCUGUUCUCCAGCAACAGCAACAGCAACAGCAACAGCAACAGCAGCAGCAACAUCAACCACAGCAGCCACCCCCGCCGCCUCAGACACAGAACACCCUUUCAUUCGAACAAGUGAAGGCGCAGCUGGAUCUUCUGCGUCAGUUGAGCAAUGCAAACCAGGCCCCCCGUCAGAAUUGA